UUUUGAGCAGUUUGUGGCCAGUCCUACUGUGGGUCAGCUAGACUGGUGUAGGAAGGUUGAUUUGCGGUUAGUUGCUGACCAUUAUCACGUUUCUGUCUCCUCUGCUCUUGUUAAAAGUGAACUCAAGGCUACUUUGAUAACUGGACUAGUUGAACAGGGGGUUUUGAGUCUGCCUAUUUUAGUGGAAUCUCCUGGCACGGUGGCCGGGGCUGUAGCAGCAGUAUCUCAUGGUGGUGUUACUCCAGGUGUUCAGAGUGCUACGGAACAGGCAACACUUUUCACCAUGCCUCAGUUUGACUUGUUUUCGGCAGGGUCCUCACCUACGGGGUCUAAAUUAGAUGCCAGGGUAAAAGUGCGUAUGGCUCGUCUCCAGUGGGAGAAGGAGGAGCGUGAUAGGGAUUUUCAGCUCAGGAGGGAGCUGGAGAUCAGGAAGUCGGAGCUGGAGAUCAGGAAAUUGGAGGCAGACACUGCUGUCCGGAUGCGUCAGUUAGAGCUUCAGGCAGCUGGGGGGGGGGGUGAUUCUGCCGUUACACCUUCUGGUCCUGCUGCCUCCUUCGACGUGAGUAGGCAUAUUUCUUUGGUCCCUGUGUUUCGUGAAUCAGAAGUGGAGAUCUAUUUUGGUGCAUUUGAGCGCAUUGCUGCUGCUCUGCGCUGGCCAGAAGACGUGUGGGCUAUUCUUUUACAGUGUAAGCUAGUCGGCAAGGCUCAAGAGGCUUGCUCUUCUCUUUCUGUCGAGGAUAGUUUAGUGUAUGAGAAUGUUAAAGGUGCUGUUCUCAGGGCAUAUGAGCUUGUGCCUGAGGCCAUCAGGCAGCGUUUUUGCGGCCUGAUGAAAACUUCUGGCCAAACCUGUGGACUUUGCGAGGGAGAAGAAAGUCCUCUUUGACAGGUGGUGUAGAGCUUGUAAAGCUGACGACAUUACUUCAGUGUGUGAGCUAGUGAUGUUAGAGGAGUUUAAGAACUGUGUGCCUGAGCGUACGGUAGUCUAUCUGAACGAGCAAAAAGUGGCUACCCUUCAGCAGGCUGCCACUCUGGCAGACGAGUUUGCACUGAUACACAAGAGCGUUUUUUUUCAGCGUGAUCCUCCUCAGCGAGACACUUAUCGUAGAGCUCCUGACAAUUACGUUCCCUGUGCCAGUGCUCCAGUGUUAGAUCCCAGGCUAAACAGAGCUUGUUUUUUUUGUCAUGACCCAGGUCAUGUGAUAGACUGUGCAGGUUGGAAGCGAGAGCAGACAGCGGCUGGCAAGCACCCAGAAGGGGUGGGAUUGGUUACAGCAGUGUGUCAUAGUGGACGGGCCACUGUUAACAAAGGGCCUGAUGAGUGUUUGAAACCGUUCAUCUCUACUGCUUUUGUCUCUCUGUCAGGAAAGGUGGAGGACCAGCGGCAGGUCACGGUGUUACGAGACAGUGGUGGCUCACAGUCGUUCAUUCUUGCCAGUGUCCUGCCCUUGAGUGCUGAGUCUGCCUGUGAGGCAAGUGCGGUGGUAAGAGGUAUUGGGAUGGGUUGUGUGCCUGCACCUCUUCACAAGAUCCAGGUACAGUCUAAACUGGCUACUGGUUUCUUUCCAGUUGCUGUGCUGCCCAAGUUUCCUGUCGAGUGGAUUUCAUAAUGGGUAACGAUAUAGCCGGGGGUAAAGUGUAUCCUACUGCUGAGGUUGUAGACGUUUCAAUCCCUGGUGCUGCAGGUGGUGACCUAGCUCAGACUCAUCCGGAGGUGUUUGCAGGUUGUGUUUUGACCAGAACUCGAGGUCUCAAGAGAUUAUGUUUCUUUUGUCUUGAUCCUGGUCAUCUAGUGGCAGGGUGUGUAGCUUGGAAGCAGCAGGUGGCAGCUUCCAAGCAGUCUACGGAAAAGUCAAAAGACCAGCACCCAGACUACGAUAUCGUCAUCAAGCACAAGAGGGGAGCGGAUAAUGUGGUGGCCGAUGUUCUGUCCCGUGGGUGAGAUUUCACGAUUCAUGUCCAAUAGUCUGAGUGUUUUUGGUAACUGUGGCCAAACACUUGUUUGGUUUUAUGGGGGGGGGUGUUACGUGCCGUAGUGUGUGUGUGUCUUUCUCUCUCUCCCUCUGAUUCCCCAGGUGCAGCCUGAUUGUCCCCAGGUGCAGCCUCUCCCCAGGUGCUCCAAAUUCCCAAUCAGGGCCUCCAUAUAGGACCGGAGGAAGACUGCAGUGAUUGCCCAUUUCUCCUCCUCUGGCUGCAUGCGUACAACCUGUGUUCUGUAGGUCAAUAAGAGAUGUGCUCCUGGAUAUGGGACACUAGUUUAAUGUGCAAGUUAGCUGGUGAGCAGCCCGUGUUCUUUUCUUGACUAUUAAAAGGCCUGUUCGUGACUCAAGAGAACGGUUUCCUCUCUUUUUCUCGUGCCUGAUCAACGUUG